CUUGCCACAGAGAGAAUAUAUCACUUUCUCCUCCCUCACUUGGGAGGACGGAAACCCCCCUCUCUCUCUCUCUCUCUGACAAUAAACAUCUGUAAAAUGAAGAGCGCCACCAGCGCGAGGCUUAUACUAUUCCACCCCCACCUCCACAAACAGCUGCCCACCGCGGCCAGCCGCCUUUGGACCCCCCUCCUCUUCUUCUUCUUCACCUUCUCCACCUUGGCCUUCCUCACCCUCACCCUCAUCAACACCGCCAUACCCUCCCUAUCCUCCGCCGCGCCCUCCUCCGCGUCUGCCCUCCCCAUCCCACCAUCCGUACGGGACGCCCUCCUCCACUACGCGGCUGCCGCCAAUGCUACCAGCACCGCCCGAAUGUCCGCGUCCGAGCUGGCUACCCUGUCAGCUGCCAUCAGACGGUGCUCUGCCGGCGUCAGGGCCAGGUGCAACCUCCUCGUCUUCGGCCUCACGCACGAGACCCUCCUCUAUCGUGCCCUCAACUCCAACGGCCGCACGGUUUUCCUGGACGAGAGCGAGUUCUUGAUCUCGAGGAUGGAGCAGCAGCACGAGGGCAUCGAGGCGUACGACGUGCAGUACACCACGAAGGUCAGCGAGCUGCGGGAUCUCCUCUGGUCGGCAAGGGAGGACAGUCGAGGUGACUGCAGGCCCGUUCAGAACCUCCUCUUCUCCGAGUGCCGGCUAGCGUUAAAUGACCUGCCGAACCACAUCUACGAGAUCGACUGGGACGUGAUCGUGAUCGAUGGACCGGCAGGGUACUCCCCCACUUCACCGGGCAGGAUGUCGGCGAUAUUCACAGCUGCAGUCCUCGCCAGGAGCAAGAAGGGCACCGCCGGCGGAACUAGCUCGAAGACGCACAUCUUCGUGCAUGACUUUGACCGGGAAGUGGAGAAGGUGUGCAGCGAGGAGUACUUGUGCAAGGAGAAUCUGGUGGAGACCGUAAAUAGGCUGGGGCAUUUUGUGGUCGAGAGGAUGGGAAGUGAAAGCUCGAAUUCCGGAUUCUGCUCGAAUUCGAGUUCCUUGCCAUCGCCAUUGGUCACGACUUCAUUGUAAUUAUUAUGGGACGGUGAUGAUGAUUUAGGGGCGUCUAAUCUCUGAAUCAUUGCAUCGUAGAAGUUUUUGGCAUAGCUUGAUACUAAUUUUUCUUUUAUUAAAUUAGAAGACAAAAUCAUUAAAUGGUAGCCAUACAAGUGCAUGAAAGUUGCUGAAAGUCA